GUGCUUUUGCUUUAGUGCAGCUAACGUUUUGACUAGCGGUGUGCAUCACAGGUUGACAGCRUGUCUCUGGAUCUUCCUCUCCUGAUUGCAGCUGAAGCUCUGAGCUGUUAUAACUGCACAGACCCGAUUUGUUCCAGCCCAGAAAAACAGACAUGCUCCUCAUCUGAGCCAAUGUGCAUGACAGCAUCUCUCCGAGCUGAUUCAUCUUCAGGAGAACAGGAGCUCAUCUAUAAAGGCUGCGAAUCCUCCUCUAUCUGUCUGAGCUCAGGCAAUACAACCUUUUCACUCAGCACAGGUGAGGUGACGAUAGUAGCAUCUGCUCUGUGCUGCAACACCAGCGACUGCAACGACCCAAUUCUGCCUGUCCCUGUUCCUCCGGUGCCAAACACCCUGCAGUGUUUCUCCUGUGACCUCACUGACUGCAGAGAGGUCAGCUGCUCAGGAGAGGAGAGUCAGUGCUUYACAUCAACCUUGAAUAUAGACGACWACACGUAUCCAUUUWUGGGCUGCAUGACUCAUAACCUGUGUGACGCCGACCUYGGUCGCCUGUUCCAGGAUGACGGUGUUYCUCUCAACAUCAGCAAACUGAGCUGCUGUGGGACCAGUUUGUGCAACAAUCCACCAGUACUACCAGUACCACCAGUAAGACCCAUACAGACCAGUGGUGGUUCUGGUGUGAAACUGGAGCUGCUCCAGCUGCUGCUUGGUCUGCUGGUCUGCGCUCUAAUCAAUGACAAAUCAAUGCAAGGCUGGUAGGAGUUAAAUAUUAAACUAAYGUAAACAUUUUUUUGCAAUCAUUAAUAUGUUAUGAAUAAGUUUAAUUGUAUAAAACYGUAAAAAAAGUUUCACUUUCUUGUUUCUCUGGUUUUCUCUCAGCCUUUAAUACCUUAUAAAACAGAUUAAAUGUGA